AAGGAUACAACUAUCGCCGCUAUCGUUAAUUUAGUACUUAUGCUGCCUAUGGACUCGCCAAUUCACAAUGGCGACGACGGUCUAACCGUUGCUGUUACUCCGGACGAGGUGUUCCAUCUGCGGGGCUACCAGGCUGAAAUGAUUGCGGAGAGUAUGAAAGCCAACAUCAUUGUUGUCAUGGAUACAGGUUCUGGAAAAACGCAUAUAGCUAUCGAACGUGCGCGGGCGGAACUGGAGAUGUGCAAGCCCGACAAGCUUGUCUGGUUUCUUGCACCCACAGUCGCGCUUUGCGAACAGCAGUAUGAAGUGUUCCAAGCCAACCUUCCUGGAUAUGGUCAUCUGCUUCUCUGCGGAAGAGACGUUGAGCUAUGGACGACACAAAGCGUCUGGAAUAAUGUUUUUCAACACAAUGUCAGAAUCGUCAUAUCAACGCAUCAAAUUCUACUUGAUGCACUCACACACGGAUUUAUGAGCCUCCAAAGGUUGGCUUUACUCAUAUUCGAUGAAGCUCACCACUGUACAUUGAAACAUCCGGCUCACAAGAUAAUGUCUGAUUUCUAUACGCCUCAGCUAACCGACAGCACUUUCGCGUUACCUAAAGUGCUCGGCCUGAGCGCCAGCCCUGUCAUGAGAGCAGCGGCUAACAAGCAAGGCCUAGAGGCAAUUGAACGAAACCUACAAGCGACAGUGAGAACACCAAAACUAUACAGAUCUGAGUUACUUCGCUCUGUCCACCGACCAGAGCUAAUUCAAGUCAACUACACUCGAGAUCCUUCCACUGGAAGUCCCUCGGUGUUGCUGUUCGCACUCAAGAAUGCAUGUGUGAAUUAUGACCUCAUGGAUGACCCAUAUGUCAUUUCACUCUUGGAACAGCAGAGAAAUGGGUACAAUGUUUCUCGGCAGCUUCAGAAGCUCUGGGAUAGCCGCAAGACUUACUGCUAUGACCAAUUGAAGCAGCUGGUAUCAAAAGCCGAGGCAAUGGCACAAGAGCUUGGAAACUCUGCUAUGGAACAUUACGUAUAUAAGUGCGUUAAUGAUUUCAAAAAUCUGGUCCAUGAUCAGUCUUGUGACUUGUCCACCGAUGAGAAGCGACAUCUUUUGAAGAUAUUUCAACAUCUCCCAACCCGGCAUACCACAGGCAUAUCCAGUCCGAUAUUGGAAAGUCUUUCACACAAAGUGAACGUUCUCAUUGACAUCAUAGUUGCUGAAGCCGUUACCAAUUCGAACUUCACCAGCAUUGUGUUUGUGGAGCAAAGAGUGUGGGUGGCAUCUCUCGCCGAGAUCCUCACUUCUCACCCACGCACGAAAGCUCUACUCCGUGUAGGCACAUUUGUCGGCAUGUCGCAGUCAUCCCAGCACAAAUCAAGUGUAUUCAAUUAUGCAGACCCCAAAAACCAGCAAACCGUACUGGAUGAUUUCAAGGCCGGUAUCAUCAACCUUGUUCUAGCUACCAGUGUCUUGGAAGAAGGCAUCGAUAUACCCAGCUGUCACCUUGUGGUGUGCUUUGAGGCUCCCAAAACUCUCAAAGGCUUCGUUCAACGACGUGGGAGAGCGAGACAACAGAGGUCGCGUUAUUACAUCCUCGUUCCGGACAUGGGAGAUGUUUACUCCGCAACAUCUUGGCAAUACCUUGAAGCUCAAAUGAAGAAGGCAUAUGAAGACCAUGAGCGUCAAACAGCGUUACGCUCCGAAGAAGAAUGUAUUGAAGAGUACGACUCACGAUGCCUGAGAAUUGAAACCACUGGUGCCUUAUUGACGCUCGAUAAUGCCAUGCAGCAUCUAUACCACUUUUGUGCCCGCCUGUCCUCCGGUACAUAUGUGGAUGCCCGGCCAGAGUUUGAUUUCACUAACAUUAACGGUCAAAUUUCUGCCAAAGCUUCGCUCCCUAUUUCUGUCGAUCUUACAGUGAGAACUGCCAACAGCUCCAGGACAUGGAAAACAGAGCGGAUGGCGCAAAAGGACGCCGCUUUUGAAGCGUACAAAACCUUGUAUUUCGCUGGUUUGGUAAACGAAAACCUCCUCCCUGUAAUAGAAGAAGAUGGUGAACACAUAGCACAGUAUCAGACUCGUGACAACCAGCCUUCUCUGAUACCGGUAUCGCACACCAUCGACCCCUGGCAAGUCAUCGCUCGAUAUCACCAAACUGCUCUACUUGAGUGGCAUAGCGCUUUGCUUGAGGUUACGACAGAUGAUGAGGAGUCUUUGCGAUUGAUCCUUUUUACCCCGUCAUUUGUGCCUGUAAUGCAAGGUGUAUUGCUACAUUGGAACGAAACAAAGCGCUAUAGCGUGAAGAGCUCUCUGUUGAACAGCGUCAUCCUGAAGAACUCCGAGCUUCAGCUACUGCGCUCUAUUACUUGGAAAAUGCUUCGUUCCAUCUUUGGUGUUCAUAUGAAAGAAGACACUUGCGAUUUUGUCUAUCUGCUCACCCCUUGCAGUUCAUCAGGCGGCGUUAUGUCAACAGCUGAACUCUAUCAGUGGGAUGAGAUGAUUGGAAGCCAGAGGUCGGCAGUGGACCUUGUACUCCGCGGCAAUGUUGACUUGAGGAGAUGGGGUCUGGUAAAGCAACAAGGAGAUAUGCGACCAUUUAUUGCUAAAACCAUCAGCUUACCAAUGGUAUCUCUGACUUUACAGAAUGUCCAAGAAGUGUCCAUUGAAGCAGUGCGUUUUCCAAAGCGUAGGGACUUUUUACAUCCCGUCGUUGGGAGCGGAAAUAAGAACGAAGCAUACACCAGGACUGAAAGCCUUGCAAUCACAUCGUGCGUCGUCGACAAUCUUCCAGCCUCGUACGCUAUACUGGCAUCCUUGUUUCCAUCAAUCACUCAUAAGCUUGAAACAUACAUGGUAGCCAACACACUCAGAACAACCAUUCUUCAGAGUGUUGACAUCGACGUUUCUCAUCUGCCUAUACUUCUUUUGGCACUUACCCCAUCUGCAACGGAAGGGGAAGAGAACUACCAGAGAUUAGAAUUUCUCGGAGAUUGCAUUCUCAAGUUUAUUACUUCUCUCCAUCUCAUGGCUACUCAUCUUCGUAUGCCCGAGGGCAUGUUGACAGGGAAGAAGGGUAAACUUGUCAGUAAUGGUUAUUUGGCGCGGGCUGCCUUGGCCAAAGGUCUUGAUGGGUUUAUUCUCUAUAAACGCUUUACAGGUGCGAAGUGGAAGCCAAGAUACGUCAGUCAGAUGCUCUCUAUCACGAACCCACCGACCAAGCAAGAGAGGUCUUCAAAAUUGAUCGCUGAUGUCAUAGAAUCACUGAUCGGUGCUUCAUACGUUGUUGGUGGGUUCUCAAAAGCAUUUGCAUGUGUGAAAGCGCUGCUACCAUUAGAGAACUGGAUGCCCAUCCCUCAGGCUAAUGAUACACUCUACAAUGCCGCUCCUGAACAGGACUCCGUGGUGGGUGCAAUUACGGUGGAGAAUCUCGUAGGCCAUGCUUUCAACAACAAGGCAUUGCUUCUCGAAGCGCUCACGCACCCUACAUUCCGCGGUCUCAAUACAUUUUGCUCGUACGAACGAGAAGAAUUUCUUGGCGACGCAGUGCUUGACUACAUUGUUUCGAAAAGACUCUAUAGUCAUAGACCAGAGCUCCCGCAUUACAAAAUGCACGGCAUUCGAACUGCAAUGGUCAACGCCUCGUUCCUUGCUUACAGUAUGUUUGAGACAACUGUGGAAGAGGUAUUCACGAACAAGGAAACAUUACAACCUGAAGCUCACCAAAAAGCACUAUGGCAGUUCCUUCGGUUCACAAGCCAUGAACUUGUCACGUCACGAAAUCUGGCCAUACAACGACAUUCUGAAGCCCGGAUUCAAAUUGCCGAAGCUCUUCAGCAUGAUGCCCGUUUUCCAUGGCACGCUCUCUCGCUUACGGAUCCGCCCAAGUUUCUCUCUGACAUUGUCGAGAGCAUGAUUGGUGCACUCUACAUAGACAGCCAUGGGUCUUUGCCUGUUUGUGAAGAGUUCGUUCGACGCCUUGGCAUUCUGCAGUGCCUGGAACGCAUCCUGCGCGAUGGAGUAGAUUGUCUACAUCCAAAGGAACGCCUGGGCAUUCUUGCGGUAGACAAAAAAGUAAAGUAUGUUCGUGUCAUGAGUGAUGGUGCAGGCGAAGAAGAUGGGCCAAGCGGAGUUCAUGACAUGGGUUAUAAGGUACAAGUCAGAGUUGGUGGUAAAGAUGUCGGGGGUGUGGUAAAAGGGGUGAAGCGGCUGCAGACUGAGACUAUCGCCGCGUGGAAAGCCAUCGCAAUACUUGAAGGAUCUAAUAACGAGGACGAGGACGAGGAGUUCUUCGAUGCCGAAGAAGGUGGUGGUGGCAUGCUGGAUUUUGAGUAAGUAUGCGAAGGUGUGGAGCAGAUCAAAUGUACUACCGAAAUUAGAUCAUACAUUUUAC